AUGAGCGACGCGCUCUUUGUUGACCCGAGCCAUCAGAUCAGUGGCGAGCUCAUUCGUCUGUAUGUUCGUCAUAUCACUAAGGUGUCCUCGCCAAAGAUAGUUUGUGUCGAAGGUGCUCCUGACGCUAAGACUGUACGUACGCAAAGCACGCAGUCAUCAUCGCGGGAUGCAACCCUUUCAUUCUGCGCCCCGGCAGUCCACGGCCAGUUUCGGCCGGGGCCUCAGUGCAGAGGGCGUGUGUCACCGUCACCGUCGUCGGAGACGGCGCCACAACAGGUCUUCGUCUUACUUGCACCUGGUCCACGUACUGAGUAG